AUGGCAACGACCGCAGCCCCCCAGGGGGUUUCUGCGAAUACCUCCUUCAAGGACAAAGAGAAGCCCAUGGCCGUGCGAACGUCCAAUAUUCUGGCAGCAAGAGCCGUCGCCGAUGCCAUCAGAACUUCUUUGGGGCCCAGGGGAAUGGAUAAGAUGAUCCAAACUCCCAAGGGUAACACUAUUAUCACCAAUGAUGGAAACACCAUGCUGAAGGACAUGAGCGUCAUGCACCCCGCGGCUAGAAUGCUGGUUGAUCUGAGUGCGGCCCAGGAUGUCGAAGCUGGAGAUGGAACCACUUCGGUCGUCGUUAUCGCAGGAAGCUUGCUAGGUGCUGCAGAGCGUCUGUUGUCCAAGGGCAUUCACCCCACAGUCAUCUCUGAGUCCUUCCAAAGAGCCGCGGGCGCAGCCGUCGAAAUCCUUCACAAUAUGUCCCGACCGAUCAAUCUGAUGGACCGUUCUACCCUCCUCCAAGCGGCUUCGACAUCUCUCUCAUCGAAGAUUGUGUCGCAGCACUCUGGUCUUCUCGGCCCCAUGGCUGUCGAUUCGGUGUUGAAGAUCGUCGAUCCCAAGACGGCAGAGAAUGUGGACCUCAGAAACAUUCGGAUAGUCAAGAAGGUUGGCGGUACGAUUGAGGAUAGUGAGAUGGUGGACGGCCUGGUGUUGAACCAAGCCGUCAUCAAGAGCAGCGGUGGCCCCACAAGGAUUGAGAAGGCUCGGAUAGGCUUGAUUCAGUUCCAGCUCAGCCCCCCUAAGCCUGAUAUGGAGAACCAGAUUGUGGUAAACGACUACCGCCAGAUGGACAAGAUCCUGAAAGAAGAGCGCCAAUACCUGCUGAACAUGGUGAAGAAGAUCCAGAAGACGAAGUGUAAUGUCCUCCUUAUUCAGAAAUCAAUUCUCCGUGACGCCGUCAACGAGUUGUCACUUCACUUCCUAUCCCGGCUCAAGAUCCUUGCGGUGAAGGACAUCGAGCGGGACGAGAUUGAGUUCCUGAGCAAGAGUCUGGGCUGCAAGCCUGUUGCCAAUAUCGACUCCUUCACUGAGGACAAACUGGGUACUGCAGACCUGGUGGAGGAGGUUCAGGCCUCCGGUGCUCGCUAUGUGAAGAUCACUGGUAUUAAGGUUCCGGCUACAUCUAGCAACCAGACCGUGUCGAUCGUGGCUCGGGGUGCCAACAACCUCAUUUUGGAUGAGGCAGAGCGCUCGCUUCACGACGCUCUGUGUGUCAUCCGCUGCUUGGUGAAAAAGCGUGCCCUCAUUGCGGGUGGUGGAGCCCCCGAAGUCGAGGUUGCGCACGCGCUGGCCAUGCGCGCCCGUGAGCUUACCGGUACGGAGGCUAUCUGCUGGAAGGCCUUUGCCGACGCGAUGGAGGUCAUCCCGACCACGCUCGCGGAGAAUGCCGGUCUCAACUCGAUCAAGGUAGUCACGGACCUGCGUCACCGCCAUGCUCAAGGACAGCACAACGCCGGUGUCAGCAUCCGCAGCGGCGGAGUGAAGGAUGACAUCACUGAGGAGAACAUCCUGCAGCCUCUCCUGGUAAGCACCAGUGCGAUUGAGCUGGCAGCUGAGACCGUGAAGAUGAUCAUGAGAAUUGAUGACAUUGCUCUGUCGCGGUGA